AUGCAGGACCAGUUACCUCAGUGGCACCAGUUGAAAGAAGCCUUGGAGGACCCGCUCAGUGCCGGCGUCGUGGCAUGCGCCGUGAUCGGCUCCCUCCUGGCCCUGCUAUUGGUUGUCACGCUCAUUGCCGUUGUCCUGAGCCGCAGCCGCCGACAGCAGAGGCGCGGCUAUCCCAGCAGCGGCGACUCCAUAGCGACGGGCAGCGGCGGCAGCAACGGCGGAGACUAUGGCAACAAAGCUCGGCUGCUUUUCAGCGGCACCGGCAGCAACAGCGGCAAAAACGGGACUGGAGCGAACAACAACGGGCCCAUCUACACGUAUCGGGAAGGCUGCGACGCCACGGGAACUCUGACGGAGAAGGCCAACGACUUCCACCAUCACCACCUCCACCACUCGUCCACCGGCAAGCCCCCGUCCGCCCAUGACAUCCUCCUCAGUGGUGACAUGGGUGAAGCCGAGAGGAAGAAGUUCGACCUGGACGACAGCAUGGAGGAGGAAGAGGAGCAGUAUGAUAGGUUCGGAGACAUCGGGGGAGGCGGGAACAUGCUUCCCCCGGCCUAUCACAUGCGCAGAGGCCACGGCGGUGAAGAAGAGAUGGACGUGUACCUCGACGACGACAUGGAGUCUCAAAGAGAUGGCUCUGUCAUUUCCCGGACUGCCAUUUAUGUCUGAGGACGCAGGAAAGGGAAGAUGAGGGCUGAGAAUAGGGAACGGAGAUGUGGUGGAGGAAGUGGGGGAGUCCGAGCCCACCAACCACCCCCCCCCCCCCCC